AUGGCUUCAGAUAUCCGAACGGAGAGGCUCAAGCAACCGGUGGAUGUGGCCGAGUACCUCUUCACCAGGCUGCAUCAGGUCGGUGUUCGAUCGGUCCACGGUGUUCCGGGGGACUACAACUUGGUUGCUCUCGAUUAUCUCCCUAAAGCCAACCUCAAGUGGGUUGGCACGUACGCGGCUGAUGGAUAUGCCCGAGUCAAGGGGAUCUCGGCUCUGAUCACCACAUUCGGCGUUGGGGAACUGUCUGCCAUCAAUGGCAUUGCGGGUGCUUUUUCGGAGCACAUCCCCGUCGUCAAUAUCGUCGGCUGCCCAUCAACCAUCUCACAGCGUGACGGUAUGCUGUUGCACCAUACACUGGGCAACGGGGAUUUCAAGGUGUUCGCCAACAUGCACGCCGAGAUUUCGUGCGAGAUGGCGAAACUCAACAACCCCAGCGAGAUCGCCGACCAGAUCGACCACACCCUACGUCAGUGCUAUAUCCGAAGCAGGCCGGUCUAUAUCUUGCUCCCAACGGACAUGGUCCAGAAGAAGAUCGAGGGCGAGCGGCUCAAGAAACCGAUUGAUCUCUCGGAGCCGAAGAACGAAGAAGAUCGGGAAAACUACGUUGUCGACGUGGUCCUCAAGUAUUUGCACGCCGCCAAGAAGCCCAUCAUCCUCGUCGAUGGCUGUGCCAUCCGCCACAGGGUACUCGACGAGGUUCAUGACCUCAUAGAGAAGACAAAACUGCCAGUAUUUGUCGCGCCCAUGGGCAAGGGGGCCGUCAACGAGCACCACCCAAGCUACGGCGGCGUGUAUGCCGGGACUGCCUCCCUCCCCGAGGUGACGGAGGCAGUCGAGUCGGCCGACCUUAUCCUGUCCAUCGGCGCGCUGAAGAGCGACUUCAAUACGGCCGGCUUCUCAUACCGGACACGGCAGUUGAACACCAUCGACUUCCACAGCACGCACUGCGUCGCUCGGUACUCCGAGUAUCCCGGUGUAACCAUGAAAGGAGUACUCCGUAAAGUUGUUGACCGUGUCGACGUGAAGAAGCUCUCAGCCAAACCCGGGCCGGUGGUCGCCAACGACGUUGCAAGCAACAAAGAUGCCUCUCCAACCAUUACCCAGGCUUGGUUCUGGCCACGUAUAGGGGAGUAUCUCCGCGAGAACGACAUCGUCGUGACCGAAACAGGGACAUCCAACUUUGGCAUAUGGGGCACGAAAUUCCCGCCAGGAACAACGGCCCUGAGCCAGGUCCUCUGGGGAAGCAUUGGCUGGUCCGUGGGAGCCUGUCAAGGGGCAGCACUUGGGGCAAGAGACGCAGGUGGUGACCGGCGGACGAUCCUCUUCGUCGGCGACGGAUCCUUCCAAUUGACCGUCCAAGAGGUCAGCACCAUGAUAAGGCAUGGCCUGAAAAUUACCAUCUUCUUGAUCUGCAAUGAAGGCUUUACCAUCGAGCGCUGUAUCCACGGCGAGAAUGCCGCAUAUAACGACAUCGUGGAAUGGAAAUGGACGGAGAUCCCGACCGUCUUUGGGGCGAGUGACAAGCAGGCUAAGAGAUACAAGGUCAACACGAAAGACGAGCUGGAGAAGCUGCUCACGGAUAAGGAGUUCAAUGCCGCGAACCAGUUGCAGUUCGUUGAGCUGCACAUGCGCAAGCAUGACGCGCCUAGAGCACUGGUACUGACGGCAGGGGCCAGCGCAAAGGCUAAUGCGAAGGAGAGUGUAAACAUAAUGGGUGGGCAAAACAAGAGAAAGGAUGCACCUACGGGGGGCACUGACCGCCAAGGCAAAAAGAAAAAGCAUGGGAAUGAGGGCAAGUGGAAGACUCCACACCAACAGACCAAGGGCUCCACGCCCCAAAGCAACGGCGUCGUCGCACCAGGAGACGUCGGGGUCUGGGUGACCUGCGCCAGGAAUCAGGAAUGGAAGGCUGCCCGAGAAGUGACAGAUCUGUUCGGAGAGUAUGCCGAGAUAAUGUAUGGCGUGAAGCAAGACGCGGACGAGGUGGAGCAGAGCGGAGAGGAGGACAUCGAGGCCGCGGUGCAGAGAGAGCUCGAUUCAAUCAAGGCUGAACGCGGAGACAGCGCCACUCGCUUGUUUACGCCAGUCAAGUUGAACGUCGACUGCCUGCUGUUCAUCAAGACAAAGCCACCCGUUGAGCCGGUGGCCUUCGUCAAGCGAAUAUGCGAGGAUGCAAGUGGCUCAAAAAAUAUGAAGAGUCGCUACGUCAAUAGAUUGACGCCCGUGGCCGAGUCCGGAAAGGCGACCGAGCAGGGGCUGCUGGGUGUUGCCCGCAAGGUGCUAUCCCCGUGGUUCGAUUUGAGCGGGAAGAAGGCAGGAUCGGAGCCAACAACCGCUGAGCCCCAUAAUUGCUCACUACAGAAACAGUUUGCCAUCCGCCCAAGCGUCCGAAGCAACAGCGCGCUAAAGCGGGAUAUUGUUAUUAACCAAAUUGCCGCCUUGAUAAACAACGAGCGGCACAAGGUAAACUUGAAGGCGCCUGAUAAGGUGAUACUGGUCGAUGUCUAUCAGAAUGUCUGUGGUAUGAGUGUUGUCGACGGGGACUGGGAGGAUUUGAAAAGGUACAACCUGAGCGAGCUCUACACCCUCGGUAGCAAGUAA